AUGGAUGUAUCUGAGACUUCUGUAGAAUUUUUGGAAAAGAAACGAGCAGAAUUGCGAAAUUUUUUUAGUGAUUCCAAAUUUACGGAAGAAGUUAUAGAAAAAAUAAUUGAAAAUGAAUUAAGACCUUUAGAAAACAAUUUCGAUGAAAAUCGACCUUAUAUUUCUGCUUCCGCUGCAGGAGAAGUUAAAUCUGAAUAUGAAGUUAUGACUGGUCAACCGUUUACAACGAUUGUGGAUAGUACCGAGCCUUUUACAUCGGAGGAGGUAAAGAAAAUGUUAGAAAAUAACCCGAUAAUUAUUGAAAAAUCUCGGCAAAUACAAAUAGCGAGCGCGUAUAGAGAGAGGUCUGAAUGGGUUAGUAAAGACAUAUGUGUACCAUUAGAUAGGAUAAAUUUGCCUUGUUACAGCGAAAUGAAAGAUGAAAUGAAUUCAGUAGGAGAUGACCUUAGUAUAAUUAAUAAUAUACGCUAUAAAAAUAUGCAAGCCUUAAAGAACUGCGCUUUAGAAAAUGCUGAAUGUAUGAAGGGAGAAUCAAUUAAAAGAGAAAUCUAUGAUGAUGUAUCACACAGUGAUGAUAGUGAGUUUGAAGCAAUAGAUAAGGUCGUCGCUGAAUAUACUAACAAAUCUUAUGAAACAAGAUUUCAAGAAACGAAAGAAAUGUUGCUCGCAUUAGCUGAGAAAUAUGAGAAUCCAAUAACAAACGAGAAAAUGGAUAGUCCCAGAAAGAUGAUAAAAGAAAAUUGUAUUCUGGAAGACUCUUCGUCAAGUCUAAUUGAAAAUGAACCCACAAGGAGAAUUUUAGAUGAAAUUAAAGAAGAAUAUUCUAUAAAUGAGAUCAUGAAUAUUCCUUUAGUAUAUACUCCAGUUAAUCUUGAUUCCAGUAGCAAAGCUAAAAGAACGUUUUUAGAUAACCUUAAAGGUACAACAAAAGAUAACGAUGUUAGUUUUGAAGAAGUAUUUCCUAAAAGUUUUGAAUCGAAGCUUAAAGAUACAACUAAAGUUUUAAAUAACAUAAAUUCAAUUUUAACUUGUGGCAUGGAAAAUAAAUCAAACAGUUCUUACCAGUCAACCUGCUUAGAUUGUCAGGCAAUAAAGAGUUUUGAACAAAAUAAUGAAUCAAAUCAAAAGCUGCUUGAAGAAAACAACAAAGAAUCUGAUAUAAUAACUGGGAUUAGAAAUAACGACCUAGUUACUUCAGUGGAUUCCCAAUCGUUUGAUGAAAGGAUGGAACAAACUUUGCAUAGCGCUUUAGAAACCAUACUUGAUGUUGGAGAAAAUGAAAACCGUGAAAACAAAAAUUUGGAAUUUGAAGAAAUGAAAAAUCUUGCACGAAACAUAGUGGAAGGGGCUGAAAAUCUCAGUACAUUUAUUCGGUCUGAUAUAACCAAUAAAUUAAAUAGCAUGAACGAGUUGUUAAAUGAUGUCAAUGAAGCCUUAGAGAAUUCUAAAAAGUCAAAUAUCCUUUAUCAAAAUCUUAUGAAGGACAACCAGAGCCAACGAAAUGAUGAUAAAAUACAUGAUAAGAUAAAAGCUAGGAAUAAAAAUGCUAUUGAUAAUGAUGACAAUAACUUGCAGAGCGAUUCUGUCACCUUUUCCGAAAUUGACAAAAUAAAUAAUGCUAUAGGUGCACUCAAUAAAGAAAUAAAGUGUCAUGAGGAUAGAAUUCACAAAAGCGAAAAGUAUUGCGAAGCAAGAAAUAUAGAGUGCAAUGAAUUCAUCAAAGAGGUUGAUAAAAUAUUGGAUAAAUCGAAUAAAAUUCUACACCCAAAGCAAAAUUCGAACGCUCUGACAUUAAGCGAACACGUUAAAGACAUAUGUAAUGAGAAGAGUAUGGUUCAAUCAUACGUCAGUGCUGAGAAAGGUGAAAAUAAAAAACUAUCGGAGUUUCAAAAACAGGAGAUAGAAAGAAGUAAACGAAUUGAUGGUCUUCUACAUGAUAUUAAAGACAAAAUGAAAGAUAAUAAAGAAGUCAGACGAUUAGCAGACAAGUUACUUAGAAGAGGGGAGCUAAAAAAUAAGGUAUCUGCAGAAUUCGCCUCGUCUAUUAGUCCUGAUGAGACGAUUGACCCUAAAGCUCAGGGUGACUUUUUAAAUAAAAAUGACGUACAAACGAAUCUGAAAAUUAAUGAUACUGAUAAGGGAUUCGCAAAGACGGAAAUAGCUACGGAUAUGGAUACUAAAGAACACGAAGAAAAGAAGAAAAAAGAAGCCGAGGAAAAAACCCAAAAGCAAAAAGAGUUCCAAGCAAAGCUGGACAAGGAAAUGGAGGAAGCUAACCGAGGACCGCGUAUGACUAAAGAAUUUAUAAGGAAUCUUUGUAAACAACACAAAUUGUAUCGCACUCCACACCUCAAUGAUAUCUUGUAUUUGCAUUUUAAGGGUUUCUCCAAAAUUGAAAAUUUGGAUGAAUACACCGGACUAAAAUGCUUAUUCUUGGAGAAUAACGGAAUUGAAAGAAUCGAAGGCCUGGAGAACCAAUCAGAGUUGAAAUGUCUCUAUCUCCAUUAUAAUGUGGUUAGAAAAAUUGAAAAUCUCCAGGGGUGUCCAAAAUUGGACACCUUGAAUUUGGACCACAAUUUCGUUCCAAAGAUUGAAAACUUGGACGUAGUACCUGAUUUGCACACGCUGAGUAUUGCACACAACAUGCUUUCCACCGUAGCUGAUCUGGAGCACUUGGUGUCCUGCAAGAAUCUUUCGGUCUUGGAUUUGUCUUACAACCGCUUGGAGGAUCCUCUCAUUGUGGACAUUUUGGCCGAUAUGGCGAUCUUAAAAGUAUUGGUCUUAACGGGCAACCCUGUGGUACGCAACAUCCCUGCGUACAGAAAAACCCUAACACUGCGCUUGAAAGAGCUACUGAAUCUAGACAACAGGCCCGUCUUCCCACGAGACCGCGCUUGUGCGGAAGCGUGGCAGAGGGGAGGAGUGCAGGAGGAGAUUGCAGAGAGAAAACGCUGGAUAGCAGCCGACCACGAGAAGACAAUGAAGAGUGUCCGCUACCUCAUUAAGAUGCGGGAAGACAAGAAGGCUGAGAGAGAGGCCAUGGAGAAGGAGGAGAGGAAAAAACUUGGUCUCCCACCUAAGGAAGAAGAUUCACGAAGUGAAAAAGAACCAGGUGAAGUGGAUGAACUUGAUGGUCCGCCAGCACUUGAGGAGCCAUUUGAAUCAUCAGCAGUAGAAACUAAGGGAGGCGUUGCGAUUGAUAUGCUGACUGGAUCGGAGGAAGAAGAUCCUACAAGCAAUGAAAGUGACAGCGACAGUGAUUGUGAUAAUAAAAAGAAGGAAGAUGAAAUUGUGUGGUCACAAGGCACUACAAAGUUGGUUCAGGAAAUCGAAGUGGACCCGUCUACGCCACCGCUCGAGGAUUAUUGGUGCGGAUAUAGAGGUGAUUUGAAAUCAACUGAUGGUUUUAAAAACAAAACUAUUACAGAAUUUGAAGCAAUCAAUAAUUUGCUAUUCAGUCAGACGCCACGCACUGAUAACAAAUCGACAGCUACCACGUUUAAAGGGGUAAAUGAACGAAGUAACGAGAUUGAAAUAAUUAAAGAAUUACAAUCGAAUGUUGAAAACUACUCUGAAGGUGCAAUACGAAAACCACUAAUUGAAAUUAUAGAUAAUUCAGAUGAUACGAACAUUAUAGAUAACAUUAACAUAAAUGGCAGCAAAAAUAGAGUGUCAAUUAGUGAAAUACCUAAGAACAAAGACGCGCAAAAUGACAUUCGUGACAAGGAAAUACAAGCAGACAAAAUUAUCGCAAUAUCAAAUGAGCGAAACAAAAUGGUAUGUAGUGAAGAAGGUAAAAAUAAUGAAAAUAAAUACUCAAAACGUAUAGACAUCAAAGAAAUAAAACGUGAAGAAAUUAAUGUAACUAAGCUAAUGGAUAAUAAUGGAGAUACGGAUACUACAAAGCUGGGACAUGAUUCGGAAGGUAGAGGUUGUGAAAAUAAAUCAGAGGAAAAAACAGAAGCUUGUGCUACUAGCUGUGAUGAACCCGCUACAGGAAAGAGCACAGCAAGUAACCAAGGAGAUGGAGUCGCUCUCAUCAGGUACUUAUGUGGCAAUGAUAAUGAAGAUGACGAUGAAGAUUUGAAGCCAAGUGCUGAAGAUUUGGAAAUAUUCGCGGAAUUGGAAAAAGAGCAGCAAGAGCGAGAAGCUAGGAUUGCUAGAGGGGAACUUGCUGUUGAUCCUAUGAAACUUUACGACAAAGAUGUCAUGGAAGCGUACCACAAGGCGCAAGAGUGUACACCUGCUCACGAGCUGCUGCAACAGAACAAGUCGAAAGUCACUACGUACAAGCUCGACAAUGCCUUUGACAGAAUUGCUCUCAGCCAGCUCACUGCUGGGGAUAAGCCGGACGAAAAGAAAAUAAAACUGACGCAAGUACCUGGCGCUCUCCUGUUCCAGUACGUCGACAAUGAAAUGCAGUAUGAUAUUGGAGAAGAGACUAUCAAUUCUUCGUCUUCAUCGGAAGACUUGACAUCCGGCAAUGAAUUCAGCAAUACGGAUUCAAGUGACAAACAAGAAGCUGGUUUUAAACCAGCAAAGGAAGGUGAAAGGACUUUUAAUAGACCAGCUACAGUUAAAUCUGCAGUCAAGCCUGCUGAUGAUAGUAUUAAAGUAGAGAAUGACGAUACCAAAGAAAAAAAUGAAGAUACAAAUGAAAAUGCUGAAAUGUACAACAAAAACACAGAGCUUGCGAAUGAAACAGAAAAAGGUUGUGAUGAAUUAGAAUCAUUAGAUGCUGCUGGUGGGACUGAGGAUGUUUCCAAGCCUUCAACUUCUUUCUCUGCCAUGCUAAACGUCGACCGCGAUGAAGCCAAGCAGUCUAUAAUCAACACUAUCAACUCUUAUGAUGAUGACAGAUUCCCUUCUCAUGGAACAAACUACGCCGAUAUGGCAGAAAAUUCGCGCAUUGAAGAAUCCGUGGCUUCGGAGAUUCUCGACCGCACCCUGAAGUACAAAGAGCAAGAGUUCUACCGUCAGUAUGACCUGAUAAACAGCCACGCCGGCAAGAUCGACAACAGGACUAAUUCCAUAAUUGAGCACAUUUCUGAUCAGUUGGCCCACGAGUACUCUCUUCCGGAAGUUUCCCGUGUACUGGAAGCCCACAUGGAGGCAACGGAACAACGAUGGCGUGCUGGUGAAUUUGUUCCUUAUGCUUUGGAAGAUAGCCCUCCCGAUUCUAUUGUAGAUGACAAUGAAACCACUUUGAUACCAAGUCACGAUUCGACUUUCGAAGACACUUUAAUUGAUGAACAGGACAUUGCGGCAACAACAGAAAUCAAAGAUUUUGGAAUUACUAAAACGACUGAUAAAUUAGCUAACAAAUCAGAUGAUAUUGAUGAAAGCAGUAAAGAUUUGAAUAAAACGUUAGCUAAAGAUCUUGUGGUCGAUGAACAGAAAGUUGAAGAACAUGAGAGUAGUGAUGUUUUUGAAGACUGUGUUGCUAGCAUUGAUACAAAAUUAACCAAUAUCAAUAAAGAUGAAUUUGAUUGUUCAGAAGAGACAUAUACGCUGGAAAUGAAAUUGGCUUUAGAACGUGAUGGGUAG